CAUUUUCUUUUCUUGUGCGGCAGAAAUUACCUUUUAGUCCCAUAAAUCGACACAUUUGUGAAAUUGAUACAAUUCUUACUAUGACAAUAAACGACUGCUGGUGGAAUUAUUUGGGGGAAGUAUUAAUAGCAAAAAAAAAAAACCCUAUUAAAUUAUUUCAGAACGUCGGCAAAUGUUAACGGAAACCAUGACUUCCGGUCUAUAUCGGAAGCUCUUUUUGCAGUGAGUGAAAGCUGACCUACUGUACCGUAAAAAAAUUUCCAUUCCAUGGAGUCUCGCAAAGUAUUUUGUGUUUUUGAGACAAACGUCAGUGACGUUUACAUUAGGGUCAAGUUCAGUUCACAUGACAUGUGGGAGGAGCGUCGAGUUGAAGACUAAACGUUUCUUUCAGUCCUCCAUGUCUGUAUCCUGAACGAAUGGAUUCAAUGGCUCAGCGUCCAGACCGUGAUUCUCAGAUAUUUAUAAUAGGAUGCGGCAUCUCAGGAAUCGGUGCUGCUCAGAAAUUAAUCAAACACGGUUUUCAUAAUGUACGCAUUAUAGAAGCAACUGCAAGAAGCGGUGGGAGAAUACGAACGGGCAGACUGGGUGAUAACAUCAUAGAGAUCGGUGCCAACUGGAUCCAUGGCCCGUCGAAGGAAAACCCAGUGUUCCGUUUGGCAUGUGACUAUCAGCUCCUAGAUAAAGAGUCGAUGUCUGAAGAAAACCAGGCCAUUGACAUUGGGGGUCAUCCUCUGUUUGUUCCCAACUGGUUUACCAGUUCAGGUCGGAAACUGGGGCCUGAGACUAUGGGCCCAGCGCUUGAGUUUUUCAUGACAUUACUGGAAAGGAGCCAGCAGUUCCACAGCACCGGUGGAGAACCUCUGCCGAGUGUUGGAGAGUUCAUCAAGGCAGAAGCUGAACGUCUGGCCCCAGAGGAGUGGAAGGAGGACAGAGAUAACUUUGCAGUGAGGAUGGCCAUGAUAAACACACUCCUCAAACUGGAGUGCUGUGUCAGCGGAACACACACCAUGGAUGAUGUUGGUCUAGGAGCAUUUGGCAUGUAUACAACUCUUCCAGGACUUGACUGCACUUUCCCAGGAGGUUAUGAAGGUUUGACUGAUCACAUGAUGAAGGAGCUUCCCCGAGACAUAGUCUUAUACAACAAGCCUGUAAAGUGCAUUCACUGGAACUACACCAAGAAUGGGCCCAACACUGGAGGAACGUCAUUCCCAGUUACGAUUGAAUGUGUUAAUGGAGAAACAUUUGCAGCAGAUCAUGUUAUUGUCACAGUUCCACUUGGAUACAUGAAGAAGCAUCAGAACACUUUUCUGAGUCCUUCUUUUCCACUGCACAAACUACACUCCAUUCAGAGAAUGGGCUUUGGGACGAACAACAAGAUCUUUGUUGAGUUUGAGCAGCCUUUCUGGGAUGAAGACUGUGAACUUAUUUACCUUGUAUGGGAGGACGAGACCCAUCUUACUGAUGUUGUUUCUGAUUUGAAGAUGUCCUGGAUUAGGAAGUUGACUGGGUUCACUGUGCUGAAGCCCACUGAAAGAUUUGGACAUGUGCUCUGUGGAUGGAUCGCAGGGCAGGAAUCGGAGUACAUGGAAUCUCUGUCUGAACUAGAAGUGCUGCAGACUGUCACACAACUCCUUCGCAUAUUUACUGGAAAUCCAACUAUUAUGCCAAGGAAGCUGUUACGAUCUCAAUGGUUCCAUGAGCCCUAUUCCUGUGGAUCUUACUCCUACGUGGCCAAAGGUUGCUCAGGAUAUGACAUCGAUAACCUCGCUGAACCCUUGCCGUUGAAAGGCUCCAACUCAAAGCCUUUGCAGGUGUUAUUUGCAGGAGAAGCUACACACAGGUCUUUCUUCUCUACGGUGCAUGGAGCUUUACUCAGUGGCUGGAGAGAGGCAGAGCGUCUGAUAUCUCACCACACUUCUGCUUCUGGAUCAUUCUCAUCUAAACUGUGAAUGCUGUCCUCGUCUGGAAAGAUUGCCCUUUUCAUUGAAACUGAAAGGGUUUGUACCUUAAAAUCGUCAGUAAAGGAUUAUCCGGAUGUAAUGAAUGACUGCUUGGCAAUUGUCCCAAUGCCUUUGCAAAAAUAUAAGUGGGUAUUUAAAAAUUUCAGUAACGCUUUACACUGAAGUUGCAUUAGUUAACAUGAACAAACAGUGCACGGCGAUACAGCAUAUAUUCAAAUACAACAAUGCUCAUUUCAUUGUUACUAAUCAUGGCCUAAUCAAAAGUUGUAAAUAUACACAGGGCUUUUUCCUGGCUCAGAAUAAAGCAGAGGGGUAUCCUGAUUGUGACAUUUUUGCUACUUAAAA